AGCUUUUUUAAUUUUAUAUAUAUAUUUCCCUUUUUCUCUCUUUUAUAUAUUUUAUUUGGAAAACAUGACCAUGAAAGAUGAACACAUGUUGGAGGAGUUUGGAGAUGUUGACUUGACCGGAAGUUUAUCAACCACUCAUCUGGCGGACAAUCUCUUGGCGGAUAAAUUACUGGAUGAAUUAUCCUCAUUGCCUGCACCAUCACUUUAUUCCACCAUGAAUUCGUCUAGAAACACAUACGAUCAAUUCUUUGAGGAAGUCUCGUUGGAUUUACCGAGACAGCAACAGCAACAACAGGAAGAAGAACAGACCACUCCACCCAGGCUCAUCAAGUUUUUACCUCGUAACAACAACACCACCAACAAUAAAACGUCGGUCCAUGCUCGUACCGAACCUUCUUCAGAUACAGCCGGCCCCUUUUACUCUAUUUCGGACGUUUUGGACGAUACUGACUUGACACAUAGUAGUACUACCUCGGUGAAUAUUGUAGGAAGAGAAAGUGGGGAUUAUGAAUCCAUUGAUGUGAAUAAUCCUACAAACCCAAGAGCUGCCAGACGUAAUGUGAAUGAAGCAGAGGUCAUUGCUACUUCUGGUGGUACCUCCAUGGGUCCCGUAAGACGCCGUUCCAUCUUGAAUCCUUUCAAACGAGGCAAAACCAUCAAUCAAAAGCCCUCACCUCUGGAAACUGUGAUUUCCAAGACCCGACCUCGUAUGCUUCCACCUAAAGACCCACAAGAGGAAAAGAAGCAUUUACAAGAGUAUGAGAGUAUGAUGCGAAAAGCUCGAAAGCUGGAAGCCAAGAAACAAAAGGACCUGUAUCGUAAAAAGGAAGAAAAGGAUAAAAAGACAUCAUUUGCUAUUCAGACGUGGGAGAAUGAGAUUAUCCCGCAAUGGAAAUCCAGAGUCAAUGAUAAGCGUACAAUACAAUUAUGGGAUGCUGGUGUACCCCCACGAUGUAGAAAAAAGGUAUGGCGUCUCAAGAUUGGAAAUGGCUUGAAUAUUUCCAAGAAUACAUUUCAUGAGUGUCUACGAAGAGUACCUCAAGCGGUACGUACAAAGGAUCAACCUCCACCUAGAAAAUCGCAUGAACCAGACCCAUCUUAUGGUAUACGUAGACAGAGAAGAACAAGCAGCUUGGAUGUGUUACGAGAACAAGAAGAACAUCAUCGGUUUGAUGAGGCUGAUAGAAGAUCCUUGGAAUUGAGACCGUCAUCUUCUACUACUUACUCUUAUGCAACCGCUGAAUCUGAAUCGGGUGCUGAACCCAAUAAUCACAAACGAGGUGAAUCCUUUGGUGGAAGAAGUGCUAUGGAAUUAGAUUCAACACGUAAUAGUACGGUAGAAGAGGAUGAUAUUGGUUUAGAAGAUGAUGAUGGGGAUGAGGAUACGAGUAGUCAGGACGAUGAAGGGGAAGACGAUGAAGAUAAACGACUUAAGGACCCAACAGCCAUUAAUUUCCUAAAUAAGGCCAUUGAUGAAGAUAUUUUACGUACAUUACCCAGUCUAUGUGUAUUUCAGCCCGACGGACCUUUAUUUAUGUCGCUUCGUAAAGUACUUCAUGCAUAUGUCGGUUAUCGACCCAGCUUGACCUAUUCACGAGGAGCCUCUUUUUUAGCAGGUGUACUUUUACUCAACAUGAAUGCACACGAGACAUUUACAUCGCUCCUGAAUAUGAUUCAUGGCAGCGAAGUACUUUCAGCGCUGUAUAAAUCCGAUGAGAAAAAGAUCCAAGGUUUUUUCAAAGUGUUUAAUGUGAUAUUUGCAGAAAAUCUACCCAAGCUUUAUUUACAUUUCAAGAACUUGACAUUGACACCUGAGAAUUACUUGCCGGAUUGGUUUAUGACGGUGUUUGCAUCGGUUAUCCCAUUGGAGUUAUCGUCAAGGUUAUGGGACAUUUAUUUACUGCAUGGUGAUAUCAUCUUGUUUCGUACAGGUUUAGUUGUGUUGAAAUACCUAGAGCCCUUGUUGUGGGGUGGUGACUUUAGUGAGACCGUCAAGAUUUUAAAUAUGGGUUUUGUUGGUGAACAUCGUGGUGAGGAAGUAAAGGCCGCCUUGGCUGUGAGUGGUCAUAUCACGGAUGGGGAUGAAGAUCCAUUCUUUGAUGAAAUAUUAGGUCGUAAAGGUGUACAUUUAGAUGAAACAAGAUUUAAUGAAUUAUUGGGUGCUCAUAUGCCCAAAUCAUUAUAGUUUUUUUUUUUUUUUUUUUUUAUAUUUUUUUUUUUUCUUUUUUUUUUU